UGUUUUUUCAGUUCGUAUGGAUUGUCGGUAUAGUUUGUCAUUUUUGUCCACCAUGUUCGUACUGUUUGUAUGUCUAAAAAACUCCCUGGUUGACUUUGGGAAGGAGCCCCUCUAUAUAGGGAUGGAGCCUCCAAAGUCAACCCGGGAGUUUUUUCAGUUCGUAUGGAUUGUCGGUCUAGUUUGUCAUUUUUGUCAACCAUGUUCGUACUGUUUGUAUGUCUAAAAAAACAUCCGGGUUGACUUUGGGAAGGAGCCCCUCUAUAUAGGGAUGGAGCCUCAAAAGUCAACCCGGGUGUUUUUUCAGUUCGUAUGGAUUGUCGGUAUAGUUUGUCAUUUUUGUCCACCAUGUUCGUACUGUUUGUAUGUCUAAAAAACACCAGGGUUGACUUUGGGAAGGAGCCCCUCUAUAUAGGGAUGGAGCCUCCAAAGUCAACCCGGGUGUUUUUUCUUUUUGUAUGGUUUGUAUUGUUUGUCGGUCUAGUUUGUACUGUUUGUACAGUUCAUACGUUUGUAAUGUUUGUAUGGUUUGUACUGAUUCUAAGUCCGGUUUGUAUACUUCAUAAUUUUUCCAUAAUACCCAAACUACCCAUGUCAUUAAUUAAAUAGCCCUUCCCACUUUUUAACCAUUGGAUUGAAGUGUCCAGAUCUAAGGGCUGGGAGGGGCUUAGUCAAGUGACUAAGCACCCCCCCUUAGUCAUUGGAUCCGCUCUCGUUGUGGAGGGCCAGAACAGGAGGUUAAAAUGGGGAUAAAUGGGAAUCUGUGGAGGGAACCGCGCCACUUAAGUGUCUUAUAAUAUUGAUAAAAUGUGAGAAAGUAUAGGGAAACAUAAACAAAACGUAGGAAAAUAAGAAGAAAAAAAAAUGUUAAAAACUACAUCAAAGACAUAAAGUUAACUAAAAAUAUAAUACAUAUUCAACUGACUAAAAUUAAUUGAAUUUUCAUUUAUAGAUGGUCCAAUUGUACUUUUGUUGGCAGUGUGAUUGAUAAAUUGGCUGGGUUGACAAACCAUAAGCUAAAAAAUGUAUUAAUAUUUCUAUUUAAAUCUUCUCUUGAUAGAUUGAAUCUUGAGUUAACACUAAUUAUUAGCCAAAUUGUUUUUCUCAUUAUUUUUUAUUAGUCAAACCUAUUGAGUUAUGAUUAAUAAGCCAAAUCUUUUGUAAUGCAUCAAAAUAUUAACCAUUCUUCUGUUAUCGUUAAUAAUUUUGUAACCCUUUUCUCAGUUAAAAUACUACAGUUUUCGAAUGUUGACAUAUGUGUGUCUCUUCCAAAUCAGUAUCAUGUUCCCAGAUCAAAUAUUGCUAAAAAAAAUUUGCUAACGGGAAGUUAACAUUUGACUAAUUAUUAAUAAUUCAACGGGUUUGGCUAAUAAAAAAAAGAAUGGGGGAAAAGGUUUGGCUAAUAAUUAGUGUUAACCUUGAAUCUUAUAUUAUCGGGGUCCUUUUUUUGUUCAAUGCUUCUCUUGAAAAUAUUGUUUUUUUUUAACGAAUUGUAUACAUUGUUUCUUUACCUAAAUUUAAAAAAGCUAUUUUUUCAAAAAAAAAAACAACAAAUUAUUGCUAAAAUUAUCUCGUCCCCUGCUAAUCUCAAGUGUCAGACCGCGAGGAAGACGGAUUCCUCGCUUAUUAUUUCUUAAUAAUGAUUGCUUCAACUUUCCUCCCACAUCUAGCCACAUUUCCCCACCUCCCGAAACCAGAAGAAGUUUCACAUCGAAACACAGAACUGUCGACCUCAGUCUCCCACCGCCAAUGUCUACCGCUGCUUCGGAUAAAGCCACGCCGGAGAAAUUGACGCCGGUGUAUGGUCCUUCGUCGGAGCAACCUCCGCUCUUCGAUGGAACUACUAGGUUGUACAUAAGCUACAGAUGUCCUUUUGCUCAGCGAGUGUUGAUCACCAGGAAUUUCAAGGGCUUGCAAGACGAGAUAAAACUAGUUCCCUUUAAUCUUCGAAGCAGGCCGGAUUGGUAUGCAGAGAAAGUUUAUUCUGAAAACAAGGUUCCAUCACUUGAGCAUAAUGGGAAAAUCAUUGGGGAGAGCAUUGAUUUGAUGAAGUAUUUGGAUAGCAACUUUGAAGGGCCUUCUCUUCUUCCUGAUGAUGCUACAAAGAAGCAAUUUGCUGAAGAGUUGCUUGAAUACACCGAUACAUUUAAUGGAAAUGUAUAUGCUGCCUUCAAGGGAGAUGUAGUGAGCGAUGUUGGGCCUGCUAUUGAUUAUUUGGAAGAUGCUCUUUCAAAGUACAGUGGACCAUUCUUACUUGGUGACCAGUUUAGUUUGGCAGACAUUGCAUAUAUCCCAUUCAUUGAAAGAUUUGAGAUCUUCCUAUCAGAAGUAUACCAGUAUAACAUUACUGAAGGUAGACCGAACCUUGCUGCUUGGAUUCAGGAUAUUAACAAGCUAGAGUCUUACAAACUGACCAAACAGAUUGAUCCAAAGGAGGUUGUCGAGUAUUACAGCCUGCGGUUCCUGCCGCAGGCUCAGGGGGCUGACAACUAAACUCAAGUGCAGAUUUCUCUCUUGGAUGUUUAGUCUUUUACCUAAAACAUUUUAUACAUGUAGUCGUAGAAUAAAAAAACGGUCACUCGUUCUAUAUUAUCUUUUUUUUUUUUUCCAUAGACUCAUUUUAUAUUUUUUUUGUUUUUAUGAAUGUGUGCAUUUUAUUCUUUGAAAUGUAAAUGAUCUUUCACUAAAAAUAGUGGAAAGUCCAUAAGAAAUGAAGUAACUCCUACACAAAGUAAAGAUAAAUAAAAGUUUCGUGGAGGUUGCGUUUCUCUCUAACCAUAAGUGCCAAAAAAAUUAAUAGUGAAAGAAGGCGAAUGAACUUUUUGUGGCGACAACCCUCUAGAAAGGUACUUCCAUUCUAGCAUGAUGUCUCGACAUGGUUAUAAUCUUAGUCCUCAUAGUUUCAAUUGAAAGAAGAAGAAGAAAUUCCAAACACGAACUUUGAAUUUACAGUGAAGCAAUAUAUGGUCAGAAAACUC